CGGACGCGCUCGGCACCAGCGAAGAGUGGACUUUUAGCAGAGUUUUACCUUCUUUUUCGGCGAUCUUGGUGGAAGUUGGAGGAGAAAGAGGACGCGGGAGUGGCUUUGAUGGAAUGCGUCAGGCUCCACUGAAACCUCCGGGGCUCCGUGCCCCCUCUGCUGCCGCUCACAGUGCUCCGUCUCCGGCGUCGUUCUUAUGAGUGCAGCGUCCAGCCCGCCCUUCGUGGUGAUGCAGCGGCCACUCGGAAGCAGCACCGCCUUCAGCAUUGACUCUCUUAUCGGGGGGCCUCCGCAGCCCAGCCCAGGACACUUCGUUUACACCGGCUAUCCCAUGUUCAUGCCGUAUCGUUCGGUGGUGCUGCAGCCGCCGCCGCCGCCCCCUUCCUCCCUUCAGCCGGCUCUGGCCGCCGGACAUCCCUCACACCCGCACGCUCACAUCCCGGCGCUGCAGAGCGGAUUCUGCUCCAGCCUGGCGCUCACCUCCACGCUGAUGGCCUCGCUGCCUGGAGGCUUCUCGCCGGGCCAGCAACACCAAGACGCGGCCCGGAAGCACGCAGAGGACGGCAAGAGUUUUGUACAGGGGAAAGAGUGCACGCUGCAGGCGAUCCACGACGCCGACACAUCCGCGCAGACAGCUACAGCGCGGAGUCACAUCCAUCUGGACGAGUCCAAGGAGGACGAGUGCGCGCGGAGAGACGAGAGCUUCUCCAUGGACAGUGACCUGGACUACAGCUCGGACGACAACAUCGCCUCCGCCACCCACCGGGAGGACACGGACGGCGGCGGGACGGCGCUCGAGGACGGUCCGCACGGCCACGGCUCCGGCGGCGGAGCGUCCUGCCCCGCGGGCGGGGGCAAGAACCGGCGGCGGCGGACGGCGUUCACCAGCGAGCAGCUGCUGGAGCUGGAAAAGGAGUUCCACUGCAAGAAGUACCUGUCGCUCACCGAGCGCUCCCAGAUCGCGCAUGCGCUCAAGCUGAGCGAGGUGCAGGUCAAGAUCUGGUUUCAGAACAGACGCGCCAAGUGGAAACGGGUCAAAGCCGGCAACGUCAACAACAAGUCCGGGGAACCGUCGCGGAACCCUAAGAUAGUGGUCCCGAUCCCGGUGCAUGUAAGCCGCUUCGCAAUAAGGAGCCAGCACCAGCAGCUGGAGCAGAGCCGGCCUUAGAACCAGCACCAAGAAAAAACUCUUCAGUGCACUUCAGCCUGUCCUUUUAAUUCCUUAUUUGUCAGAAGUUCAACAAAAAAGCAGGCCAAAGUUUAAAAGUCAAGAAAUGUAAAUUUGAUUAAAUUCCCAUCAGUGACAAUUUCGUUUUUUUAUGAAGUGCAAUGAAAUGAAAUUAAACACGUCACUAAAUGUUUAAACCUAAAAUGACGACAUAACCUCAGAACGUCCAAACUCAACUUCCGGCCUCGGGGCUUGAGCUGUGAUGAUGAUGAAGAUGACGAUGAAGAAGAGACGAUUCCUAACGAGGGCGCCAGGAAAUAACUGAAGUUAUUUUUUUCUUCUCUUCGGAUGUCAAAUGUUUGCUUUUAUUUUCCCUUGUUCGAGUCACAAAGAUGCUGCUAGCUAAUUUAAUUCAAGUGUGCCAAGUGACUAAAAUAUCACAAAACAAGUGUCAAUUAAACGCUGAA